AUGGUACAUAGAAUGUUGAUGUACAGUAUCAUUUGUAAAGCCAAUGCCAAGGCUAAUAAUAAGGGUAUAGCCAAAAUGAUUAUGGCAGGGUUUAUUAGUCAGCUCAAAGGCUGGUGGGAUAAUUAUCUUACCAAAGACCACAAAACCAAAAUUAUCCAAUCAGUAGUAAAGACAAAAGAUGGCCAAGAGGUCAUGAACGCUGUCUAUACUUUGAUUAUUAAUAUCAUUGAGCACUUCUCUGGAAGAUGGUCCGACAAUAGUGAAAGUAGUCGGACUAUGCUCCAAAAUCUUAGAUGUAAGACUUUGACAUCAUGGAAAUGGUAUAAAGAUGUUUUUCUUUCUAGAGUCAUGGAAUUACCUGAGAGUAAUAGCCCUCAUUGGAAGUCUGAGUUUGUAGAUGGUCUUCCCAUGUUAUUUGCUGAAAGAGUUAAGAAAACCCUUAAAGGUCCUAAUGUAAGUAUUAGCUAUGCGGCUUAUACCUAUGGUAACCUUAUAAAGGUUAUUACUCAAGGGAGUUUAGCUUUAUGUAAUGUGAUUAAGUUAAACCAGCAGGUAAAGAAGUACCAUUUUACUGAGAGACAGAGAGUAGAUCACUUUGCAAAAGAUUGCAAAGUAAACAGCAAGAUCAAGAGACUUACUAUAGAUUAUGAGAUUAAAGAAUCUCUGUGUAAAACUUUGCCGAAUUCCUCUCCAGAAAAUUCCAGUCCGGACCAUAGUGACAAUAAGGAACAAAAUGAUUCAAUUGAUGAGGACCUGGGAGUUCUCCACCAAGAAGAUUAUAUGCCUUCUGAGGAUGAAUGUAUACCAUGCCAAGAAGGGCAAACCUGUGAGAACAAAGAAGAAAAUGAUCUUCUGUAUAACAUCAUAGCUCAAUUUCAAGAUAUUGAAAUUAAUGUCCUGGAGGAUGACAAAUUAGCAGCUCUACUAGAAAUGUUAAAAGAGCUAAGUAAGGAGAAUGAUAAACCUUCCACCAUUUCUUCCCCUAUUCAGGAGGAACUGCAUAUUAUUCCCUUCCAAAAAGGUUCUUAUACCAUGACUGAAGUUAAUAGACUUCUAAGAGAAAG